UUACGAACUAUUGACCUCACUACUUCCUGUAUGUGCUAGUUGUUUCCCUUGAACUACAGCUGAUGAAUCAACCCAGAACAAAUUUGUAACGUUAACAACAAAUGUCUUUUAAAGAUAUUCCCAUAAAACUAUGUUAUUAUCAUGUUCAUUAUUGGUGGUACAAUAGGAGCUAUGACUUCCUGGGGCUAUUGUCUUCUUUCAUUGUUAAGAUAUCAGUCACUGAUAUAUUAUUAGAAUGGAAAAUUCCACUGACGCGAUUUCAUUCAGGAUCAUCACAUUGCACAAUCAAUUCAAUCAUUAUCAAUCACAUUGACAUGACAUCAUUCAUUGUCUUGAACCCAUCCAUUCAGACCAUGACACCAUUGCCAUCCAUUGCUUACUAGUACUAGUAAAUAGUAGCAAGUCUAGGUUUUUUAGAAUCGUGCCAAGGCAUAUUUUAUUGGGCUGGCCAUCGGUUUAUUUACUUUAGUUUUAUAUUUAUAAAAGUACUAAGCCUAAAGCCUUAUAAAUAAUAGUAAAUAUUUAGCCUAGAAUUUAGCCUAAUUUAUACAUAUUUUUAUUAUUUGUUAUUUAUAUGUGAGUCAUGAGUAGCCCUGUACAAGAGUAGGCUUUUAAGAGGUCUGAAAAAUAAAGGAAACUAAAAACCAAGCUACAGAAUUAGAAUUAUUUAAAUAAAUUUGUUAAAGUUAACUUAGACUUAGAGAGUAUGUUAAAAAUUAUUUUAUUUUCCUAAGCUAGGCCCCUUAUCCUCAGUACAGCUUUUUCAAGCCAGGAACAUAAGCCUAGGCACAGUAUGCCUCAGGAUGUAAUGCUGCUGUUAAUGCCAAUGACUUGACAAUAUUGAGUAUCAUAGAUUUGUUUACUUUAUUAAUGGAGAAAGUGUGGAGAAACUCCACUCACAAGAAAGCAGUCAACUGAAAGAUUGUGAUAAUGCUCUUUCAGAGAAUUGACAAUGUUGAUAAUUCCUUUCUAAAAGUAAUAAACGAAAUGUAAAAACUCAAGCCCAUGAACAUGAAUGAAUUCUCAACAUUGUUGAGUUGUGACAAAAGAAAUUCAGGUCCCUUCAAACUUAAAAUGGUAAACUACUACUGUACCAGGGUAAACUACUACUGUACCAUGACUAUCUAGAUUAUAAAAUAAAACACAAAAAACAAGUUUCCAAAACAAAUUGUUAGAAAAGGAGGUAAAUGAAUUAAAAUGGUAACGACCUUCCAAAAAAAUUUUAGAAGGCUUCAAAUGUUCUAAUUUAUUCUGAAGAUGCUGGCAAAACUGAAGAGAAAGUAAAACAAUUUUAAAUAUUUCCUCACCUGUCAAAGGUCAAUGGUUAAGAGUCAAGAUUAAGAUAUGGUCAAAAUAACUUAUGAACAUUAAAAUUAUGAAAAACUUCCUUGCUAGGUAAAAUAAAAAUUAGUAAUAAUAGAUACACCUUGAUUGAGUAUGAUAUUCAUAAACUUUAUGCUGUGUUGUUAUCAUAGUAAAGUUCUAUUAUGAGUGUGAAAAAGUUGGAAUUUAAAAAAUAAAAUUUUAAGUUAAAGGGUGGCUUCCAUGUCUUACUUCAUACUACAGCCAAACCCUUGAAAACCCUAGGCCAUAUUCUCCCUUACUUUCAUUUUAAAUUUUGAACAUUAUCAUUAGUUUUUCGUACAAUUACUUUUUAUUUUAUGAUUCUUGCCUGAAAAUAAUAGUAAUAUAUCAUCACUCAUUGAGCUGCUGCUGCUGUAGUAAAAAUCAAUGUUUUCUCCUGAAUAACUCUUCCUAAAAAGUUUUAAAUUAUGCUCCUUGACAUUUAUGAUGUAAAAACAUUUUCAAUCGUGCCCAGUAAUCCAAUGAUUGGUAAAGUUAAUAUCAAGCCAUAUUCUUAAUUGUUGCAGCCCUGAUGAAAUUCAUUCUCUUGAUGAGUUUGUCAUAUGCCAUAAGAGAAUAAUUUUAUGAUCACUCCAUAGAAUUUGUGUUUAAGUUUAAAGAUGCCAAAGAGAGGUUCCACACUGGUGAUUCUCUUUAAAUGAUUUUUUUCAAAGACAUGUAAAAUGAAAUAAAACCAACUGAAUGGGUGUAAUAUAGAUUGAUUUUCUGACAUUGUGGAUAGAGUUUUCAUACUCUUACUUAAAUUUAAAACAAAUUAAUUAAUACUGUAUCAAAUGAUUUAACAAAUAAAAUAAUUUGAAGGUUUUUUUUUUAUGUGGCAUUUAUUUUGCUCCUUUUUAAAAAUGCUUGUUUCUUCUUGUUCCCCAGACAAUGUGAAGGAGAUGUAUAUAUAGCCAGUUUAUAAAGUAACCCAUGAAUAAGUUUUUUAUACAAAAGCUCAUAAGACAGCACACAAAGCUGACUAGGAAUCACCUGACACCAGAACUUUGUCUUAGGCUUAUAACACCUGAUUGUUUACUAUGGAAUGCUAGUCCAGACCGAAGCCCAUUUGACGAUCCAUUUUGGGCAUUUUUCUGGCCAGGAGGGCAAGUCCUAACGAGGUUACAAGAUUUAUGUUUACACUAGGGUUUGGCUCAAAGAGAAUUACCAUUAAAAAUAGUGUAGGUAAUGCAGUCAUUAAAUUUAAAGACUUUUAAACUACUUUAACACUCUUCAGAAUGCUUAAAAAAAUAUAUUUAAAAUAUGUAGUGAAGGUUUAACUAAACAUUGCAAUCUUUGACAUGGGAUGUUCCUAAAUUUUAUGACAGAAAGUUUCUCUUAGGGAUAGUGUUUUAUUUUUUUAUUCUUCAAGAUCAGACUUGUAAAUUUUACCAUAUCUCUUAAGUUUUGUUUGAAACACUACCAAAUGAAAAAUAUGUAUACUUAUUCCUCUCAAGACACGGUGCGCAGUGUAAGAAAAAUAAUUUAGUGUUAGAAUUAUUAUCAUUAUAUUGAAAUUAGUUUUUGUUUUUUUUCAGAUACAUUCUGGACAACCCUAAAUUAUUCUACAAAACUACAGUAUUAGAUGUUGGAAGUGGUUGCGGUUCUACAGCAUUAGCUGCUAAACUAGUUGGUGCUUCCAGAGUUGUAGCAAAUGAUAUUGAUCCAGGUGAAAAAUUGUAAUAAAAAAGGUUAUUAUUCAUUCGCAGCAUCAUUAAUGAUAAUGAAAAUAAUCUACAGUACCCGGUAUACCUCUUAAGAAUUGUAAAUUGAUUUAACUGUUAAUGAAAUUAUUUUCCCAAUCAUUCCAUUUCAAAAUAAUUAUUUAGUAACAACAAUGACCAUGUUUUUUUUCAGUUGCUGAAGUUGCUAUAGAAAUCAACAUGGAGGCCAACGCUUUGCAGGUCACAACUGAUACCUCUAAUCGUCUUUCAUCCUCUCUUGACGAACAGUUUGACUUCAUAUUAAUAGGGGACAUGUUUUAUGAUCCACUUUUUACAGAUUUAAUUGCAACAUGGCUACAAAGGCAUAAGAAUGCAUCAGUUUUGAUUGGUGAUCCGGGCAGAUAUUCUUUCAAGAAUCACCCAAUACAAAAGCAACUUGAACAUGUUGCCGAGUAUGUCUUGCCAAGAACGUGCCAAAUUGAAAAUAAUGGUUUAACAACUGGAAACAUCUGGUUACUUAAAAAUGAUAGAUGAAAUAAAUAAUGAUUAUUUAUGGGUUGUUUUUUUUCUUUCAAUUUUACAAUAAAAUAUUUGUCUUCAUGGUAAAAAUAUUAAGAAUCAAAACAUUUUUUUUAUUUAAGAAAGACAGCAAUUUUUUUUUAAAAGAUAUUAUUUUUAUUCAUUUCAUUGCCUUUUGUUACCAUUGAACAUCAUAUAACUUUUGUACACAUCUUUUCUAUGUAGAAAACACUAAAUUAUACUAACAUUUUAUCCUAUUGUUAUUACAAAUCAUUUACACUAUUAAUACCGGUACUAAAAAAAAGAAAACAAUUUAAUGUAAUUUUUUUUAAAAUAUGUUUUGUUAAUAAUAAUUUAAAUGGUCAAUAAUAUUGUGUGCUUGUGACCCAUCUUCAAUUCACUACAUGACUAAAAUAAUGGGCAAAUAAAAUAAAAAUUAAUCACAAUAACAUUAUUUUUGUAUUUUCUAAGGUAUGACUGAAAUAGAGACAGCUAGACACAUUUUUGAAGCUGAAACCGAAUCAUAUAAUUUAUUGACAUUGAUUUUGAAUAGCAUUCCAUAGCUACACUAAGUAUAUAUAUGUAUUGCAUUUCUUGAACCUUUAAUCUUUCACUAACUUUGAAAGGAUUCAAAAGGAGCUGACUUCAUGGCACAUCAAAUACAUAUAUCAAAUGUCAUUAAGAUUCUUCACUCAGGAGUUUUAAGUUCUCACUAAGCCAAGGUCAACAAGUAAUGAGUCAGAAAAAUGAUUUUUUUUCAAGUGAUAGACUGACCAUAUUCACUGGUCAAUAGCCCAGAUGAUAUCUUCAAAGCAUUAAAAAAAAAAAAAGCUUUAAAUUAAUGAAGCAAACAGACAUAUUUUGCGAUAAAUUUGUAAUCAUGUUUAACAAAUUAUACUCAAAACAUAAUUCAUGCUAUCUAGAUCUUAAAACACAAAUUAUAUUUAAGGAAUGCUUUUUGUUGUACAUGAUUUUAAGGUUAAUAAAAAAAUGAACCUAGAAAAUUAUGCUAUUUUAAGUCAAUCAGUUUUCAAAUGUUUGGGGGGUGUGGGACAGACAGGUAAAGUUUUUAAAGUAAAACAUUUAAACAGAAAUAUUAAAUCAGACAGAAAUGAUGCCCAUAUAUUACUCGCCUCUAUAGAGUAAGACUUAUUCACACGCUUUACUGUAUUAUUAUGCACCAAAAGAUGUGUCAUGUUUUGAAACAUGCAAAAUUUUAAAAAAAGAAAUAAAUAUAAAAAUAGGAGAAAAUGGGGCCCAGCAUUGAGGAGAGAAUCACAGAAAUGUUCAAAAGACUACUGUUAAGCUGAGAAGCAUUACAGACAAGACAGGCCACAAAUGCAGCACCAAAUCAAAACAGCUGCAGGACAACAUCACCAUCUUUCAUGACAGAACAAUAAUAUUUACACCAAUGGAAUCAACCACACACUUUAAAUGACCAACUAAUGUAAAUAAAGUAAAAUAUGAAAACAUUCAAAUGAUAAAUACUAAGCUUCUUUUAGAAAUUAUUUUUUUAAUUAUUACAAUUGUAUAAUAGAACUAGAAUGUUAUUAUCAUUUCCUUUUGACACGCAAAGUUCAGAUGGAAAUAUUAUAUUUUAUAGCCGACCCCCCCCCCCUCUUCUUUUUGGUUUAUAAUGCAAAUGUUAGCAAAUAGUCCUUAACCAUUAGUCAAAAUCUCAAAAUUUUCUUAACAUUUCCAUUGAGUUUAAUUUUUUUAAUUAUUACAAUUGUAUAAUAGAACUAGAAUGUUAUUAUCAUUUCCUUUUGACACCCAAAGUUCAGAUGGAAAUAUUAUAUUUUAUAGCCGGCCCCCCCCCCCUCUUCUUUUUGGUUUAUAAUGCAAAUGUUAGCAAAUAGUCCUUAACCAUUAGUCAAAAUCUCAAAAUUUUCUUAACAUUUCCAUUGAGUUUAAACUAACUUUUUUUGUUUUUGUUCCUAGAUGGACUACAAAUAAAUCAUGUCAGUUUGGUUCUUAAAUGAAUAAAAAAAAAUGUGCAUUCCCCCAAAAUAUUAUUUUCAGUUCCCACUUGAAUUCAACAGAUUAUUAUAUUAAACAUGUUAAUGUUUUUUAAAGCUCAACUGUCUGAGAACAUAAUUAAAUCUAUGUAUUCACUUCUAGACAAUAUGAUUUCAUAUUGAAAAUGUAUGAUCUCUGAUUGUUAUUACAACAUAAUUUAACUAUCAGUACUUGGAAUGUGACUUAUUAUUGAUAGAAAGCAGUUUUAAAAACAUUCACAAAUAAAUUAAGGGCCACAUUUAAAAAUGUAUGAAAUAAUAAUCUGUUUAAUAAACAAAGCAAUUAAUAUUAAUAAGGCUAAAUUUGGAACUUUGAUGACAUAUAAUUUUUAAGCCAUGC